ACAAAACUUGCAAGGUGGUUGUUCUUUUCCCUCUGUUUCCUGUCUCACUUGUCUUUGAGCUUCAGAUUCAACCAUUUCCUCUCACACCCGUGACUACUGUGUCACGUCCUGAUCCUUCCACCCCCUGCCCUUCUUUAUCUAUCCCUUCUUAUAUCUAUUCUUUAUUUAUCUCUCUCUGUCUCUGUCAAUGUAGGUAAGUGACUGCUUACGCUACCUCUUUCCUAUUCAACUUUGGAAAAUGAUUUGUUAUGCAUUUUACUGUCAUGUAGACUACAUUGUGUGCAUCAGGGUAAUUGCGUCAUUGGGGAUUUUGUUUUGGAAAAAGAUUUCGGCUGCGUCCUCAGUCUCUCUCAGCCUGUGGUAACAUGGUGACGGUACCAGGUGUACUGCCGACCCUUGUGUUAACAGGAUUGUGUGUCCACAUCACAGGAUCAUCUAGAGCCGUCUGUACCACCAGUCUGUCUUCCCUGAACUUCAACUGUGUCCUGCAGUGGGAUUGUCCACAGGCCAACGCUACCACCACCUACACUGUCCAAACUAAGACUCAGGGGGAUUCGUGGCGGGACGUGGAGAGAUGUGUGCGGUUCUCCUCCCAGCUGUGUGACCUGUCCGAGGCCUUCUCUAACUUUGAGGUGUACAACAUGAUCCGCCUGGGCCUCCACCAGGGCCCGGGGAGUCCAGUCUGGACAGAACAACUUGUGUUUGGCGUCCGUGAUUUCAACUUCAGCAGUCCCUCCGUCUUGGUUUCUCUGUCUGGGGAGAGGCUGGUAGUGGAGGUGCACUUACCUUGUUCUAGCAAAGGGGAGUGUCUUCCGCUGCAGAGCUGCUGUCCACUGUCAAAAUUUAUUGACCUCUGGGUCACCGUGACCGUAUAUAACCAACAGAACCCCUCUGACUACAAGACGCAGAUUGGUUUGGCCCAGAAGAUGGUGUACGGGGCAGAGUUCUCAAACCUGGUCCCAGGACAUGACUACUGUGUCGUGGCUAACUUCUCCAUCAGUCCGACCACCUUCCCCCAGGCCUCGUCUCCUCCCUCGGACCCCAGCUGUGUCCACCAUGCUGGCCCAGGACUAGGGUUGCAGCCAGUGUUGUUGGGGAUAGGAGUGUGUGCUGUACUCUUCUUUCUUCUCCUUGCUCUGGCUCUGUACCUGCUGAAACAUAAACGAGACGCACCACACGCAUCUCUUCAGGCAUUCCUCCAGGACCUGCCGGAGUCCCCUUCAGACCCUGUUGACCCCAGUGACAUUGUAGACGACCACCUCUCCAUCCUGUCCUCUUUCUCCAGCUGUGUCUGCACCGAGGCCCAGGCCCCAAGCCUAGGUAAUGGGUACAACAGCAACCCCUUCCUCAGUGACUAUAGGUCAAGCAACAUGCACUGGAACACUGAGGGAAGGGAGCUGGACCUGAACUCUGGCAGCACCAUAUCCCUGCCAUGCUCCACUGUGCCUAUAGGCCUACAUAUGAUCCAGUGCAGCUUUGAUUCACCUCGACAACCACAUCCAGGGCCCAAUGUGCCAGUACUACCGUACCCUGGUUCUCCAUCUCUGUCAGAGGCCGUGGAGGGCCAGGUGGUCCCGCUGUGUUCUGUGAGGUUUGGGAGGGUGAGUGAGGGGGACGGGGGUGAGAACCUGGAGGGACUACAGUGGUGUAACCUGUAGCAUGUUGCACUGCAGUACUCACAAUGCUAUGUUUGACAUAUUCCUAUGAACUCCACAGUGCUGAGAGGAGUUCAAAAACUUUAUUGACCAUUUUUGUUGAAAAUUGUAAUUUUGUCCUCAGCUUACAGGCAUACAUUGUCAGUUCCAACCGGACUGUGGUAUGGUCCAGCACCUUACCAAGGUCAACCAUAACAAGGACAGUACUGGACUGUGCAAUCAUAAACAUAUACACUCUUAGACAAAAGGGUUUCAAAAGGGUUCUUCGGCUGUCCCCAUAGAACCCUUUUCGGAAUCAAAACUAUUCUUCCUGGAACCAAAAAGGGUUCUAAAAUGGGUUAUCCUAUGGGGACAGCCGACAAACCUUUUUUAGGUUCUAGAUGGUACCUUGUUUUUUUUUUCCCUAGGGGGGGGGGUUUAUUUGACUCCCCUCUUAUUUCCUUUGUCUACUGUACCAUGUGUCAAGUCUCUAUCUUUUCUGCACAUUUUCUGUGUCAUAAUAGGUUGUUCUCCCUACCCUCUCUGCCUUGCUUCUGACUCACUGUUGCCCCAUCCCAUCUCUGGCCUGACCCCCGCUGUCUCUUACCUGUGUCUUACAUCUCAUUCUGGGGGAGGAGGGUAGGGGGUUCAUCUCUCUCGUUUCGCUGGUGGUGCACUUUUCCCGGAACAUUUAGAAAACUCGGGGGGAGAGACAGGAGACGAUGGAUGGGAAACAGUGAUUUGCCCUAUAGUUCUGGAAACCACAGCCUGCGUAUGGCUCAUGAUAAUAUCACUGUGUCUGGGGGAUUUUUAUUCAUAAUGUUGGGGGUUGUAUCACGAGUCCAAACUAAGCAGUGUGUUUGCCUGCCAAUCAUAAAAGUUACUUCUCAGGCAUCCAACAGAGAUCACAUCUAACCUAGAACUUUGGUUUUUGGAGCAGCUUUUUAAUGGGGUUCUGCUAUAUUUGCAGUCAAUUCACCAGAAAUCUGAUCGAAGGUGGUCGCUUUGUGGCUCACUCUUCACUGGUGUGUGUGUGUGCUGGCUAGCUCUGCAGCUGAGGUGGUGAAAUUGGAUUGGGGAUGGUGUACAGGGAGAACACUGUAAGAACGACCCGUGUUCUGAAUUCUGUCGCUGUACAUUUCAAAAGUGUUGAACAAGUAGUUAUAUUGACUACAUCCGUCCUAGCUCAGUCAUGCAUUUAUUUUUUAAAUCACGGAUUGCCUCUCAUCCACUUGUUGUCCCCUUAUGCCAUAGUUUGUACAUCUCAAUUGUCAGUUAAGCAAGUCAGCCAUGUUUUUUUUAUGUAGUAAAUGAGGCUGAAUGAACUUUCGCUGGCGGACAAGGCUCCGCUGAUAGCCAGGUGUAGCAGUGGUAAGGUGUUAGGACAGCUUUACAUAUGCACCGUUUGUCACUGUUAUAGUGCAAUUCAUGUAUUGUUUAGUGUUGAGGCUUUGCUGGCAUGCAUCCCACAUUUUCUUUGUUUGUCCCACCAACCAGAUUUCCAUGCUAAAAUCGUCACUGUCGACAGGGUGACCUUUUCAAAAAGGACUGAUUCAUUGGUCAGCUGAAACAGUCUCUGCAAGUGUCUGAAAGUAAAUAAAUGAUACAUUUGCGUUCCAUUCGGUGCAUCCUGUUCUGUAAAUGUCAAGUUUCAUAUUAACCAGAGAGGGAGAAGAUGUAUAUGCGAGUACAGCAGAGCUUGAAAAAAACCACCACCCACAAGCCUAAUAAAAACAGCAACCAUGAGUUCAGCUUUAAGACUUCGUUGCACAAUGCUAGAUAAGUGUAAUUGCUGAUGUUUAUGUAUAGUUCCCAUUCCAACACCAUAAGGAAAUGUAAAUUGAGUGAACAAUAAAUGUUUGUCAAGUGCU